CACGACAACGAUAAAUCUGAAACGCUUAAAAUUCUUGGAACUUGGCUGUGUAAUGUAGUAGCUAAGACAAAUAAUGAUGCAUUCAAGGAUCGGUUGUUGACAGAAGCAGCGCCACUACUACGAGUUUUUCAGAAAUCCGAGUCUAACACUGCUAUUGAGCCUACAACUACUAUUGAGCCAACCAAUAGUAAGCCUGCAACGUUACGCCCACUUGUAAUUAGAACGAUACUAAAAACGAAUGAUAUGCUUCCAGCGCGUACUCCAAUGGCAGUAACAACAGAAAACGCUCGUGAGUUGGGAGAAAGUAUAGCCAGAAGCGUAAUAGAUUCACGUGACCGA